CUAGUUGCGUAAAAAGAAUCAAAGUGUUUAACUGUCAUAUCUCUGUUUGGAGAAGCAGCGCAAAAUAUAAUGGACCCCAACACUGAAGAUGCAGAGAGCCAAAAUGUUGAGGAUCGCUUGCAUCAUGAUGCAGCACAGUACAAAGUGAGCUAUCCUAAAGGGAGAAACACAAAACAGGCGGAUGAUGCUGCAAAUGAAGAGUGCAACAAAAAGAGAUACCCGGUUAGCCGCUCUGGGAACAACCCAGGCAGAGUGAAGCGGGUAGUGUCAUGUAAAAGGAAGACUCAUCAUCUGACUGUGGCUCGAAGAAAGCAGCUUGGGUCUGGGAGAACUUGUGAUGCUCCAAACAAGGAAAAUGAAACAAAAGUCUUGCAGGGCACACAGCAGGAUAUUUUCAGUAUGGACCCCUGGGAUUUCCCAUUUCAUGUCAAUAAUAUCAAUAACAACCAAGGAACUGAUAGAACUGGUUGUGAAGAGGCUGACUACUGUGUACUGACUGAGCUCACGAGGGAUCACAACACGCUGACUGACGUGCUUUUUGGAAGAAAUCUAAGACUCAAAGUGGCUUUAACGUUGUGGCAGAGAAAUGUUGGAGAGCUGCUGACAUACUUUCUGAGUAUCCAAGAUACUGGUGUGUUUGUUGACUUUCUCCCGCUCAUAAGCAAAUGCAUUGAUGAGGAUUCUUCAAAGAUAACCAUCGGCUGUUGUGUCGACCUCUUUCCUUUAGUUGGCAAAGUCCUCAGCAGUCCAUAUAAAGAGCAUCUUACUGUUGGCCUAAAGUGGGUAAAUUCAGUUUUAAAAAACUGGUGGGAGGAUCUAAAAGAUAGUGGCUUCAGUGGCUCAACAAACUCUCUGCUGGAUGAAAACUUUCAAGUUUUUAAUCAGCAGUUAUGGGAAUUGUGGCAGCAGGAACCC